CGUGAUGGAUCAGUGUGGACGGUAGGCCUACUAGGAAAAAAGCCGCAUUUUCAAAUUUUUCCGGCGUAGUGCGUGAUGCGCAAGCAGCGUAAAGGCAACAGAAAAGAGAGCAACUGAAAAUCUCUUCGUAGUCUGGUCUUGGCGGAAAAUAACAAAUGAAAAGGUUGCAUUACAUCAGUAACAUAUUCAUAAGAAAAGUGCUUCUAUACACUUGUUUCCAAGAAUGCAGAGUACAGACUUACAACUUCCUUCCUGACGCCUUCAAAAGUCAGGAAGGAACGUAAAUGUGUCUACGUUACGUAAGCUAUUGUAGUUUCCCGGUAACACAGCUUCGCCGAGCUAAACAAUGCCCUGAACUGCCAAAAUUUGAAAAUUACAUUUGUGCAAAACGAUUCCGCUUUCGUUUGAGAAUAUUUUUCUAUUUGACUUAGUUACUCAUUCAACGCUGGAUGCGUGAGGUAGUGGUAGUUAAUUCAUGACUCGCGGCAUGUUUACGCAAAAUUUUACGAUUUAAAAGUCAUUGAUGCGUUCACCAUUAUAAAUGAACGCAAAUUUGCCUUCAGAGGUAAAAUGUGUCAAAACAACCGUGAACAUUCCUGAUAACUGACGUUUUUGUCUUGAGUCAGUCGCGAACGGCAAGCCGACAAGUGCAGUGGACCGGAUUCCUAAUUACUCUACACUGGCGCCAUGCUGUGACGAAAUUUUGCAGCGGAAAGACACACAAAUACUCAAUUACGUUUGCCAAGUGGUAAAUAUUUCCUUUUUCCCGCAAAUUUUGCCAACGAUGCUGAACGAAACAGUGAAAAUCCGCGUCAAGGGGUCACUGUGCGACUGCAUUGACGUUCGCGUGAUUUCUUUCAAAUGUAUCGCGUGAUGGAAGUUACAUUUGUUUACACUUUUGAAAUCACGCAAAACUUGACGGUAGAGUAGCGUCCACCUUUAGCAACCGUCGCCGCAGCGUGAACGAGCGUGAACUUAUCGUUGAUAUUUUUUUACUUUCCCUUUUAACGUCAACUUGCUUAGCGCUUUCGAGUAGAAGCGUCGGAUCACAAGGAUAAAAAGGGUUACCUCGGAUACCAGUUGUUCUUUUUUUAAAAAUGAUGCGCGGAAUUGAAAAUGUUUGAUUGUUGGAAUAGCCGUUGCGUGCUACACAUGCCUUUGAGAACAAACGGAGGUCAUUGAAAAAUACUUAACAAGAAAAGCGCUGGUCUGCAAUUCAUCAUUUCGUCUAGGGCAUGCCGAGAGCCACUGCUGGGAACAGUUGUGUUUAGUUUGUUUGUAAAGACCUUACAGUUAAAUACUAGAGGUAAGCCAAACCAAAUAUAGCUAUGGAAGCACAGAACUGCCAACAUGGCUUUUUUUCCACGUUUUAUCAGUCUGCGCGUGCAAAUAUGUUCCGCUUUCCACGCACCAGCUGCAGCAUAACUUGAAGCAUUUGAAAAAUCACGCAAAGGUCAUAGAGAAAAUUCCUUACAUUCCCCUGCUGCUGGAAACGACAAACAAAAACUCCCUUUGCAAUAUCAGUCGAACCUUAGACACGGUGCAGCUAACACCUCUGCGAAUCUGAAGCGGCAACUCCGAAGAAUCUACCGCGACAAUGCUCCACAACGUACCCACACUGUUGGUUUACUACGCGAGCUCAGCCGUUUUACUCGUGGCGUUUUUAACUCUACGUCUUCUGCAGUUUUUUCCUCGUUCACAGUGGCUCAUCUUUGAGAUGAUGAACAAGAUCGCGACCAUCCAAAUGCCCCGAGAGAACUACAGACAUUCACUGUUCACUUGGCCCAUGUUCACAUCCAUGCGUUCAUCCAUCUUACGCGAGCUGCAGAAGUCCGCUUCUCGCGGAAAGCCCGCCCCAGACUCCCAACUGGUCUCAGUGGAUGGCAAGUCACGCUGCCGGCUCUUGGACUUUAGCAGACGAAACCGGCCACUGGUUGUCAACUUCUGUAGCUGGACGUGUCCCGUUUUCCGAACCAGGGUGGACGAGUUUCUCAGCAUCGCGCGAGAAUUCAGUGACGUUGCUGAUUUUUUAGCGGUGUACAUCGAGGAAGCUCAUCCCUCCGACGGCUGGGCGUUUAAGAAUAACGUCACCACAUCAAGACACCAAACCCUCGAGCAAAGGUGCAAUGCCGCAAGGUUGAUGCUGGACUCGGUAGAAUUUCAUAACUGUGCUGUGAUGGUGGAUAACAUGGACGAUGAAGCUAACAAGGCAUAUGCCGGAAGGCCAAUAAGACUUUACAUUAUAAAGAAUCAGGAGAUAGAGUACGCGGGAGGAACUGGGCCCACAUUUUACAAUCCCAGCGACGUGAAACAAUGGCUGCAGAGUGUCAGAACAUCUGUGAAAAACACUAGGCACAGAGCAUAGAGUAAUGGACAGAAAACAAA